UAUACACAGCAGGCGGAUAUUUUCGUUGGCCAUCAUCAGAAAUUAUUUAUUGAUCUAAAAAUUUGUCCCUGCAGCGGCCACAUGCUUUUGCUAGUGUUUGCCAUCAACAUUAACCCGUCAAACCAUGGCUGUUCUUAACUAUAUAUCUGUUACGUCAGCAACAGCCCCAAUCUCUCCAGACUCUUCAACACCUCCAAUACCUGGCCCAAGACAGAGCAAAAUUAUUCUCCCAAAGAAGAAGCCAUUGAAAUGGUCCACCGGUGUCGCUCCUGGUGAAUAUGGUGGCCCACCCACCACCACUAAGCUGCGCAAGUACUGGGGCGGAGAAAAAGAGGACCCUUUAACUUCUGAUGAGUUUAUUUGGAACAGUGAAUUCAUGGGCCGCAUGAAGAGAUUGAUUGAGGACCCUGAUGGGUCUUCUUCUGUUCUAAACACUCCUGUUAAGGAAGAGUCGUCUGGGUUUCUAAGCUUAAAUAGAGUCAUGAGCCUUGACAGUCUUGAAGUUGAUUUAAGUAAAGAGCUUACAGCACCUUCGAGGACUGUAUUAAAGCAGCCUGUUGGGGCUGCCAUUCAGAGCAGUGGCAGCCCAUCACGCAGAUGGAAAUUAGCACCUACACGCCGUGAGCAAGAAAAGUGGGAUAAAGCAACUAAGGCUGCAACUGGAGGCAGUGAUGUAAUGUUUCGAGAAUUGAGGCGGCCUCGAGGGGAUCCAGAAGUAUUGGCUGCUCAAUCAAGAGAGCAAUACUUUAAGCUGAAGAGAAAGUUGCAGAUUCUCACACUUGGUAUAGGUGGUAUUGGUUUAGUCUCUGCUUAUGUUUCUUAUUCUCCUGAAGUUGCAGCUAGCUUUGGAACUGGUUUGCUUGGUUCGUUGGUGUAUAUACGCAUGUUGGGAAGUACUGUGGAUUCCAUGGCAGAUGGGGCCAAAGGGCUUAUUAAGGGAGCAGCUGGGCAGCCAAGGCUGCUGGUUCCUGUUGUGUUGGUCAUGAUUUAUAACCGGUGGAAUGGGAUGGUCGUCCCUGAAUUUGGAUUUAUGCCUUUAGAUUUGAUACCAAUGUUAGUGGGAUUUUUCACAUACAAGAUUGCCACAUUUGUUCAAGCUAUAGAAGAUGCCAUUACUGUAGUUGAUAAAAAGACCCUAGUGUGAUAGAAAGUAACAAAAGAAGGGAUAAUUUAAUCAACAUCCCCAAGGGUGAAAGAAAUGGAUGAUGAUGAUUGAUGGAAGACUAUUGAAUGGUUAAGACUGAGUCAUUAUUUAGCUUUAUAGUGAAAGCAAACAAUAUGUUGUAAUUUUUUCUCAUAUAAUUUUCGUCACAUGUGAUGAAUAAUCCACUUUUAUUUUUUGAAAGGGUGUGACUAAUUUGAUUCAAUCUGUAAAAUCGAAUUAAAUCA